AUGUUUAAAAAAUUCAAUCCUAGAUCCAUUAAACAAAAACAACCAUUUUCGGUACCCCGUAAACUCAACCUCUUAUAUCGCAUCACCUCUCAAUGUACAGAUAAUACGAAAGUAUCCAUAAAAAAUUACAAGGAACUUUGUAUUAACCGCCCUAAUACUUUAGUAGUGGCGAAAGUUCAAGGAACAAAUGCAAUUAUUGGUGGAUUUGCACCAAAUGGUUUAGACCUUGAUUUCUUAUCACUUUGCGCACCACAAAUUGAUAGUAGUUUCUUAUUUUGUUUUACAAAUGGCGAACCAAAUGCAGAUUCUAUUGUUGGUAGAAUGAAAACUGGUAAUGUUCGUGAUGUUGAUAAUUCUUCCAAUUCUUGUUUAUGGGUCGGGCCAAAAUUUGGUAUCAAAGAUUUAGUUAUUGACUUAAACACAAUGAAAUGUAUUUCUCAACCACAGUAUUAUAAUAGCAUUUAUACUGAUAAAGAAUUUAAGAUUGAUGA